GGAGUUGGCCAGUUCUGCUUUUCUUUCGUCGAGACGCCACCUUCGACGCCGUCCCAAAUGUCAUUGUAGCGGCUGUUUCCCCGACCCCGACCGGACCGACCGACCGACCAAGGACAUCUCGAGUGUCUCGAGUCGCACCCAGCGCAUCCACCGGUCUGGGUCGCUGCCGGACAGCUCUGCAUUUGGCUCCAGGCAGCGACUCUACAAACGUCGUCUGGCGUAGUGGUCUUGCAAAAUGGCCCCUUCCAUCACGAUCCCGUCCAAGGACGGUGCGUCGCUCGCAGCGCCAGCGGCGCAUAUGGCUACGACGACGCUCAAAGUGGAGGGGAUGACUUGCGGCGCUUGCACCUCGGCCGUUGAAGCAGGCUUCAAGGGUAUCGAUGGCGUGGGAAGUGUCUCGGUCAGUCUUGUCAUGGAGAGAGCGGUGGUGAUGCAUGAUCCCCAAAGGAUAUCGGCCGAUAGGAUACGGGAGAUCAUUGAGGAUCGCGGAUUCGACGCCGAGGUCCUGUCGACCGACCUGCCAUCACCGAUGGCGCCUCGUGCUUCGUUUGGUGCCUUCCCCACGGACGACGCCCCGGCCACGCUGGUUACGACGGUGGCAAUCACGGGCAUGACUUGUGGCGCCUGCACCUCGGCGGUAGAAGGAGGGUUCAAAGAUGUAGCUGGAGUCAAACACUUCAGCAUUUCGUUGCUUUCGGAAAGAGCCGUCAUCGAGCAUGACCCGGCCCUCCUCACCGCCGAGACAAUCUGCGAGAUCAUUGAGGACAGGGGAUUUGGUGCCGAGGUUGUAGAAAGCAAUGAAAAGGCGCCAGCAACCAAGAUGGCACCGGAAGGCCUGCGGCCUGUGUCGACUGCCACCACGACAGUUGCGAUCGAAGGAAUGACCUGUGGCGCCUGCACCUCGGCCGUUGAAGAAGGGUUCAAGAACGUCGACGGCGUCCUUCGGUUCAAUAUCAGCUUGCUCGCGGAACGGGCGGUCAUCACCCACGACCCGACGAAACUUCCAGCCGACAAGAUUGCCGAAAUAAUCGAGGACCGAGGGUUCGACGCCAAGAUCCUUUCGACGACCUUCGAUUCGGUCGACCACGCCAGCGGCACGUCGACAGCUCAGUUCAAGGUCUAUGGGGCACUGGAUGCCGCUGCUUCGAAGGCGCUGGAGGAGAAGUUGACAGCUCUCCCCGGCGUCAAGAGCGCAAGACUCGCCCUCGCGACGUCCCGAUUAACCGUUGUGCAUAUGCCCAGUGUGACAGGUUUGCGAGCGAUCGUGGAAACCGUCGAGAGCACUGGCCUCAACGCUCUGGUGGCGGACAACGACGACAACAGCGCGCAAAUUGAGUCCCUGGCCAAGACUCGCGAGAUCAACGAAUGGAGGCGGGCAUUCAAGAUUUCGGUUGCUUUUGCCAUCCCAGUUUUCCUCACCAGCAUGGUCCUCCCCAUGUGCGUUCCGGCCUUGGACUUUGGUGCGAUCAGGAUCCUGCCCGGCUUGUACCUCGGCGACUUACUUUGCUUCGUGCUCACCAUACCCGUGCAAUUUGGCAUUGGAAGGCGAUUCUACAAGUCGGCUUGGAAGUCGAUCAAGCAUGGCUCCCCAACCAUGGAUGUCUUGGUGGUCUUGGGCACUUCGUGUGCCUUUUUCUUCAGUGUCCUGGCCAUGCUUGUCUCUGUUCUGUUCCCUCCUCAUUCGAGGCCGAGCACCAUUUUCGAUACAAGUACGAUGCUCAUCAGCUUCAUUACGCUCGGCCGCUUUAUGGAGAACCGGGCAAAGGGUCAGACAUCGAAAGCGCUCUCCCGCCUAAUGUCACUUGCUCCGUCGAUGGCCACCAUCUACGCUGACCCCAUUGCUGCCGAGAAGGCUGCUGAGGGAUGGAAUACCGGGGCUGGCGUGGAAGACCCGAAGCAACCUGUCGGCGGCAAUGCCGCUGAGGAGAAGGUGAUCCCAACUGAACUCAUCCAAGUCGGAGACAUCGUUAUCCUUCGGCCAGGAGACAAGAUCCCCGCGGACGGUGUCCUGGUCAGGGGCGAGACAUACGUGGAUGAGAGCAUGGUCACCGGUGAGGCGAUGCCGGUGCAAAAAACCAAGGGAAGCAUCAUGAUCGGCGGCACGGUCAAUGGUCACGGGAGAGUCGACUUCCGCGUCACCCGAGCUGGCCGCGACACCCAACUCAGCCAGAUCGUCAAGCUGGUACAAGACGCACAAACCAACCGCGCGCCGAUCCAGCGGCUGGCGGAUGUGCUUGCGGGUUACUUCGUGCCGACAAUCUUGGUCUUGGGUCUUCUGACGUUCCUCGUCUGGAUGGUCCUCAGCCACGUUCUCCCGCACCCUCCCAAGAUCUUCCUGCAGGAGGCGAGCGGUGGCAAGAUCAUGGUUUGUGUCAAGCUUUGCAUCUCUGUCAUCGUGUUCGCAUGCCCCUGCGCCCUAGGACUCGCCACUCCCACGGCAGUGAUGGUGGGAACCGGAGUCGGCGCGGAGAACGGCAUUCUGGUCAAGGGCGGUGCGGCCCUCGAGACUACAACCAAGAUCACUCAGGUCGUCCUUGACAAGACGGGCACCAUCACUUACGGAAAGAUGAGUGUGGCCAAGGCAAACCUCGCCUCUCCUUGGGCAGACACCGACUGGCGACGGCGGCUGUGGUGGGCUAUCGUCGGCCUCGCCGAGAUGGGCAGCGAGCACCCGAUCGGCAAAGCUGUCCUCGGCGCGGCGAAGACCGAGCUUGGCCUCGGUUCUGAGGCCACAAUCGAAGGCAGUAUCGGCGACUUCUCGGCGGCAGUUGGUAAGGGCAUUGGUGCCUACGUCGAGCCGGCGACUGCCAACGAGCGGGCCCGGUACAGAGUCCUGAUUGGCAAUGUCCAGUUCCUCCAAGAGAGCAAUAUCAGCGUUCCCCAAUCCGCUAUCGAAGCCUCCGAGCGAGCCAACACGGCCCGCCCGACCAAGUCCAAUGCCGGCACGACCAACAUCUUCAUCGCCAUCGACGGCGUGUACGCGGGCCACCUGUGCCUCUCCGACACCAUCAAAGAGGGCGCUGCCGCCGCCAUUGCGGUUCUCCACCGCAUGGGGGUCAAGACCGCCAUGGUCACCGGCGACCAGCGCGGGACGGCCCUCGCCGUGGCCUCGGCAGUCGGCAUCGGCGCCGAGGACGUCUACGCCGGCGUCUCGCCCGACGAGAAGCAAGCCGUCAUCCGCCAGCUCCAAGAGGCGGGCUCGGUCGUGGCCAUGGUCGGCGACGGCAUCAACGACUCGCCGGCGCUCGCCACCGCCGACGUCGGCAUCGCCAUGAGCUCGGGCACCGACGUGGCCAUGGAGGCCGCCGACGUGGUGCUCAUGCGCCCCAACAACCUGAUGGACAUCCCCGCCGCGCUGCACCUCGCGCGCACCAUCUUCCGCCGCAUCAAGAUGAACCUCGCCUGGGCGUGCUUGUACAACGCCAUCGGCCUGCCGUUCGCCAUGGGCGUGUUCCUGCCGCUCGGCUGGCACAUGCACCCGAUGAUGGCGGGCGCCGCCAUGGCCGCGAGCAGCGUCAGCGUCGUGGUCAGCAGUCUGUGUCUGAAGUUCUGGAAGAGGCCCCGGUGGAUGGACGAAGCGGAGGCGGCGGAGAAGGGCGGCGUUGUACGGAAGGGAGAUGGAUGGGGGUGGAUGGGUGGCCUCAGGCAGGCGAUUGGCGGACUGUUUGGUGGGAGGAGCAAGAAGGCGGAGGGAUACGUGCCCCUUGCGACGCUGGACCGUGGGGAGUUCGUUGUCUGAGACGGGAAGAUGGCUACUACUCCUCCUUUGUGUCUUGGAUACGGCGGGAGUUCAGGAGCGGCUUAGCGUGCGGUGCCUUCGAUCGUCCUGGUUCCACAUUGUCUCAGCGCUUGUUAUAUACCUCUCUCUCUAUAUG